UUUCACUCAUCACUCAUCACUCAUCAGUCAUACGCACAAUUUUUAACUUCCAUAAAAAACAAACAAGAAUGUAAGUGAAAAAUUCGGGGAAAAUCAAACUUUUUCGACAAGAUCGCAAAUUCUGUCUUCUACGAAUUUGAAGGUUUAUUUAGAAUUUGAAACUUGGAUCUUCCACAAACUUGAGGAAAAUUAAAGAUUGAAGAAACCUAAACAAGACCAAUUCAAAGGGUCUUGAUCUCUUCUUUGUCUUUUUGCUCUGGCUCCCUUUUCUUGCACGAGAUGGAAAAAGAGUCAGGUAAUAUUGGGCAAAUGCGAGAUUCUGAUGGCAUCAUAAUUCCGAAGAAUGGGAGUGAUAGGGCAGAGCUUGCUGCCCAAAACAUAUUAUCUGAUGGAAGGAAAGAAUUUGUUGCACCUGCUGUCGGCAUGGAGUUUGAGUCAUAUGAUGAUGCAUACAACUAUUAUAAUUGUUAUGCUAAGGAAGUGGGCUUCCGUGUCAGGGUGAAAAAUUCAUGGUUUAAACGAAAUAGUAAGGAGAAGUAUGGUGCAGUGCUUUGCUGCAGUAGCCAGGGUUUUAAAAGAAUCAAAGAUGUGAAUCGUUUGAGGAAGGAGACCCGUACUGGGUGUCCAGCUAUGGUCAGAAUGAGAUUAGUGGACUCGAGAAGAUGGAGAAUUCUCGAAGUCGCCCUUGAACACAACCAUUUAUUGGGAACAAAAAUGUACAAGACGUUAAAGACGGUUGAUGCUGAAACGAAGAGGAAGUCUCUCUGCAACUCUAUUGCAGAGGGGCAAACAAUCAAGUUAUACAAGGCAGUUGUCAUAGAUAGUACAGAUACGGAGUAUCUGAAUACCUGUGCAAAAGAAAUCCAGAUUUUCCCUAAUCAUCCUAAUCAGCUGCACCUCAAGAAAGGUGAUGCACAGGCUAUUUAUACUUACCUCUGUCGCAUGCAAUUGACUAAUCCGAACUUCUUUUACUUGAUGGAUUUCAAUGAUGAAGGGUGUAUUAAACAUGUCUUCUGGAUUGAUGCUAGGUCUAGGGCUGCAUGUGGUUACUUUAGUGAUGUCCUUUUCCUAGACAACAGUUACUUAGCUAACAAAUAUGAAAUUCCAAUGGUGGUGUUUGUUGGAGCAAAUCACCAUGGCCAGACCGUAUUGUUGGGUUGUGGUCUGCUUGCUGGAGAGACAACAGAGUCAUACACAUGGUUAUUAAAAACAUGGCUCAAAUGCAUGUCUGGUCCCUCACCACAAACCAUUAUUACUGAUAGGUCUCAGGCUUUGAGGAAUGCAAUUAGUGAUGUGUUCCCUAGAUCACUUCAUCGUUUUAGUAUUUCACAUAUUAUGAGAAAAGUCCCUGAAAAAUUGGGAGGUUUGCGAAACUAUGAUGCUAUUAGGAAACUGUUGUUUAAAGCCGUUUAUGAAACAUUGAAGAUGAGUGAAUUUGAGGCUGCUUGGGGACUUAUGGUUCAGCAAUUUGGAAUCUCUAAUCAUGAUUGGCUUCGAUCUUUAUAUGAAGAUCGAGCUCGAUGGGUGCCUGUCUACUUGAAAGAUACCGUCUUUGCUGGUAUGUCAACAGCGCGGCCUAGUGAAAUUCUGCACCCAUUUUUUGAUAAGUAUGUACAUAAACAAACUCCCCUAAAAGAAUUUCUUGACAAAUAUGAGUUAGCUUUACAUAAGAAGCACAAGGAAGAAACACUUUCUGAUGUUGAGUCAAGAAACUCAAGCUCUCUGCUCAAAACGAGGUGCUUUUUCGAACAACAGCUGUCUAAGGUCUAUACGAAAGAAAUAUUUCAGAAAUUCCAGCUUGAGGUGGAGGAAAUGUAUUCCUGUUUUAGCACGACACAGCUCCAUGUUGAUGGACCAUACAUUAUAUUCUUGGUGAAAGAGCGUCUUCUUGGUGAGGCCAACAGGAGAGAGAUUCGAGAUUAUGAAGUUUACUAUAAUCGAGGAUCAGCAGAAGUUCAUUGCAUUUGCAGUUGCUUCAACUUUAAUGGUUACCUCUGUCGACAUGCAUUAUGUGUGCUUAACUAUAAUGGGGUAGAGGAGAUUCCUGCAAAAUAUAUAUUGUCAAGAUGGAAAAAGGACUAUAAGCGCUUGUAUGUCCUAGAUCAUCCUAACAACAUUGUAGAUAGUAAUGAUCAGAUUCAAUGGUUAAAUCAGUUGUAUCGAAGUGCUUUACGAGUUGUAGAGGAAGGAGUUAUGUCUUUAGACCAUUACAGGAGUGCUUUGCAAGCAUUUGACGAGUCCUUGAACAGAGUCCAUAAUGUAGAAGAGAAACAUGAAUAGCAUAAGAAUGCAGCUAUAGAAGACUUUGUUGAUAAACGUUAGUGCUGCUUGUAAACUCGUGUACAGAAUUGUAUUCUUUCUCCCUUCAAUAGAUCAUCUUUCCUAA